GGCCAGGCUCAGGCUGUCGUUGAGCCCAGACACCGACAUACAUGUAUAACAUGACUGACAUGGUCUCAUCUGUCGACGAUGCGCUUCGUUCCGGACAUUUCCCUUCGCAUAUGUAUUCAUUCAAACACGGGUCAAAUCACUGUUUUUGCUGUCACCUCUGUACCAUGCUAUCGACGUCCUCUGCUUUGGUCGCUCACUUGUAUACCUCGGACAAAACUGUUCAUAUGCAGUAGCUGUGUAUUAUUUAGAUUGUAG